AUGGACCCCGAAGAUGAUAUCAAUCCUGAAGCUCUCUUUCGCCCCGUGAAGCGACGUAAAUUUAUGCGACGAUGGACGGACCGUGACGACGAAGAUACCUCCCGCGAAAGAAUGCCCGACAACAGUGAAAAGAACCAGCGCGCGCAAGAUCCACAGUCCAGCCAACAAGAAGACGAUGAUUCUACGGAAGUCAGCCAGGUCGUUCGCGGUAGGCGACCCAAUCUUGCUCGGAAAGGUGGGAUCCGAUUCACCGCGACAUCGCGAUCUGGCAAAGAGGAUACGGGUACUCAACAGAACGCGUUGACGCCAGCUGGGGAUUCGGAGAAAGAAAAAGGGAUGGCUAUGUGUGAUCGGUUUACGAGUAACUCUGGUCAGGCGGUGGACGUGGACAGGCAUAUGAUGGCCUACAUAGAUUCCGAAAUGGCCAAACGUUAUGGACGUAACCCGCCUCCAGAGAAUGAAGAGGAGAAGCAGUCAAUCAUACAAAAAACCUCGGAAGGACAGUCAAUCUCCGGCCAGCCAGAGCGUGAACCAGCUUCACUCGGCAAACUACAAGAGAUCGACCUUGGACAGGAAACCAGACUGCGCAACAUUGCGCGCACGGAAGCAGCCACUCGGCGACUCGUUGGAGAUGAAAUCUUGCCGGCUUCUGGUGAACCACAAACCGAUCAUCCAGACACAGGCGACAAGUCGUGGCGCAAUCACAAGCGGCGCACCAGUGCUGAUAUGGAACGAGACCGACUUGUGGAGGAGGUAUUGCGGGAAAGCAAAUUGGAUGUCUAUGACGACUUCGAAGACGAGCCACAACCGGACGACCAAGCCGCAGAUGACCGGAUCGCCGAGCAAUUUCGACGUGAUUUUAUGGAUGCCAUCCAGUCUCGACGCCGACAACGCACGAAUACCAAACCCGUCAACAGCAAAGUGGAGCCGCCGAAGGGGCCCAAAUUGGGAGGUAGUCGCAGUGCAAGAGCAGCAAUGCGGGACAUGCAAUCCAAGACGGGACAGAAGUGA